CACAUCGCCUCCGUUUCUUCGAUGAAUGAUGGCUGCUACCUUGUUUGCGAAGGCGUGCGAGGCAUCGGGGUAACAUCGAAUUUUGGCUGUGAUCGCCUCAUUGGCAAAUGUGACAUCGCGACUAUUGAACGCUGUGACUCCUAGCCUCCUAUCAACGCUAAGAAAGCGCUGCAGGCAGACUUACAUUACCACACCGGCGACAUUGGCAACUUCAGGCCAGCUCGCCUUGCAUUUCUGUUAUAAUGCCUCAUAGAGUCCAUGUAGAUAUCUAAUAAGGUAAUCACGAAACUCAAACUCCUUCCCGUCAACUCGCCCACAUGUAACUACCAGACUUUGUAUUAUCGUUCAUCUCGUUGGAAACCCUCAGUCACCAUGCCAUCUGAUCCGAUGGAGAUAGGGGAGGUGGACUUUCAUUCCCUCGACAUUUCCAGAUACCAAGGCUCGGAGUAUUCUGCGUCGACCACUAAAGUCGGAUUAACGGUUUCGGAUCCCAAGACCAAGUGGUGGCACAAUGUCGACUCAUUGCGAGACCUAUGGAACUCGUCCUGGAACACAUACUUGUUCCUCUUCGUCGGUAUUGCCUUCGCAAUCGGUCACCACGUCUUCUAUCGGUCCUUGGAAGGUCGCUUGGUUCAAGACGAUGAGCAGAUCACUAGCAUGCGGUACGGAACAGCACUAGCUUUCGCGGCAAAAGCAAGUCUUGUCAUGGCCGUGUUGUCAGCGUUUCGGGAGCAGAUCUGGCUCGUCGUGGGCUCAAAGUUCCUGAAAGUCACCACCCUCGACGACAUGUUUGCCGCGCCAGAAACCCCCUUGUCACUCCUGAAUUGGGAGUUCAUCACCGCCCUGACGUUGUAUUGCUGGGCAUCGCCUCUUGGUGUCAUCUUGACCACAAACACUCUAGCCGCCGUCCCAGGCGAAGAAGUCCAGAACACAACAUGUCCCGGUGUCCGAACUCUAAACUUCAGAUUCGAAGACCAAACCGACUGGCGCAACGGAGGUAAAAUCGAAGAUUUGAGCCAACAGUCUCUAAGCUACUGGAACAACACCAGCAGCAACAAGUCUGAUCCGUAUUUUUUCGACUACUACACCGCCCCCAGCGAGAACGCCGAGGAGUUCAUGCAUGCAAGUACUUACCUGCAACGACCUAUAACGGACCAGGACACCACUUUUGAGGUAUGCGAAAGAGGUUGGAACUGUACCGUCGAGAUCUACUUCGUUGGCCCGGCAUAUCGGUGCAGAGAAGUAAGUCGAGGGGGCAAGAUAAACCACACGCUAUCUAGCAUACGGACUUCUGUUCCUCCAUUCUCCAUGAACGAUCUUGCCCCGAAGGGUAAUUACACCUACAUCGCAAACACACUCCAAGGAGAAUAUGCAUUCCCGCAAAUGGCCAAGAUGAAAAAAGGCGGCAUACCUGUCAUGCCACCCCCCUACCCAAAACACCUCGGCGCCUUCCGAACAGAGCCGGUGAUAUGGAUCGGCUACUCGGAGCUCAACGAGGCCUUCACGUCCGUCUACCUUAACAGCAGCGAACCCGUCCAAAACGAGGACGCCUUCACUCCAGUCCUAGUCGCUUGCGAGCACUACGAGGCUAACUACACCGCUGAAAUCAUCUAUCGUGACGGCAUGCAGCUACCGAAGAUCAAGUCACGCAGGUUCCUCGCCCCGGUCGUCAACACAACCUUUUUCCCGGGGCUAGACGCAAACGAUGGGACCAUGGACGAAACCAUUGCCGUCCCGGAAAGCAAUUACAUUUUACCCCAGGAUGUCAAGACAUACAGACGAACGGCGGGGUACCACUCAAUGGGCCUUUUCCUACGCAACAAACUCAACGGGACGAUCCGGGAGCCCGGCAAGGUUGAAGAGACGGGCGUGGUGCAGACCAGCCUCAUCGAUCACCGCUUCCACUUUGUCCGGCCAAAUCUUAUAGGCCUCAUUGAAGCAUGGUACGGGAACCUCCUCAUGUCCAUGUUUGCAAGACCAAGGUUCCAGGCUGUCGUCUGGGCGGCCCAGAUCAACGAGCAGACUGGGAUUCGGCGCACAGGACUCGGGCCGAAGACGGAUUAUCUUUACCCAUGCGUGCGUUCACGGCCAGCUAUACGAUUUCACUAUCGCACAUCCACAUUAGUAGGCGUGUAUGGCAUCCUCAUUUCCCUGGCUUUACUUGGAGCCAUGGCCGGCGCUAUGGCUAUCCGGAGAAAUGCCGGAUCCAGGGGUACUCGCUUCUCUGACAUUAUCGAAGCAACAAGAGGUCCAGAACUGGAUAAGAUGAGCCUGAGAGCAUAUAAACUGAGACUGAGAACAACAUCGAUUACUUCCAAAACGCCGAGGUUGGGUUAUGGAAAGCUCAAGUCACUCAUGGAUGGCGAGAAUGGGGUUAAGUCAAGCGAGGACCAUACCUGUAGGAUUGGAUUCGGGUUUCAGGGCGACGUAGAACAGCCCCGGGAUACUGCAAGACGAGGGAAGGAUAGUUGAAGGAUAUAACGUUACAGCUCGAUAUCAACAGCUGCAUAUAUGCGUCUUCUACCGUGGCCAUAGGUCAAUACACGAGUGAUUUGGUAUCAUAAAGUACAAGUCCGUCAAGCUCAUCUGCGCUCAUCAUACAAGUGCCAGGUCAAAGACCUUACAGAGCCUUGUCCAA